CUUCCGCUCAACCGAGACGCAAGAUGGCCACGGAUGGGGGUGGCUGUGUGGCCGACCUGGGAAAUCGGAGUCUCCUUCGCCUUGUGUCUUUCUGCGUCCUACUGGCAGUUUGUCCCAUCAAUAAAGUGAAACUAAGGUUUGUGCAAAGGAAACUCAGUGGAGAAGAAGAUCUACAUCCCCUUAAAUAAAACAGCUCCCUGUGUCCGUCUGCUCAAUGCUACUCAUCAGAUUGGCUGCCAGUCUUCCGUUAGUGGGGACACAGGGGUUAUCCACGUAGUACAGAAGGAAGAAGACCUACAGUGGGUGUUGACCGAUGGCCCUAACCCCCCUUAUGUGGUUCUGCUGGAGGGCACGCUCUUUACCAGGGGGCAGGAUGUCGGGCUGCCUGAUAACCUCCCUGCCUUCGUUCAUGGCAUUGUCACCCUAUUCCAGGAAUCUGAUGGAGAAGAUGAAGGGGAGAACCAGCCGAAUUGCUGGUCUUGCAGUGUCUUUAGCCAAGCCCAGUCCUGCCUCAGGCUUCUCUCCUAGUGUGCAGUGUCCCAAUGAUGGGUUUGGUGUUUACUCCAACUCCUAUGGGCCAGAGUUUGCUCACUGCAGAGAGAUAGCAUGGAACUCCCUGGGUGAUGGCUUGGCUUAUGAGGACUUCAGUUUCCCCAUCUUCCUUCUUGAAGAUGAAAAUGAAACCAAUGUCAUUAAGCAGUGCUACCGCGAUCACAACCUGAGUCAGAACGGCUCAGCGCCGGCCUUCCCACUGUGCGCCAUGCAGCUCUUUUCACACAUGCAUGCUGUCAUCAGCACCGUCACCUGCAUGCGACGCAGCUUCAUCCAGAGCUCCUUCAGCAUCAACCCAGAAAUCGUCUGUGACCCCCUGUCCGACUACAACGUAUGGAGCAUGCUAAAGCCUGUAAAUACCUCUGAGACGUUGGAGCCCGAUGACAAGGUUGUGGUGGCUGCCACCCGGCUGGACAGUCGUUCCUUCUUCUGGAAUGUGGCCCCAGGGGCUGAAAGUGCCGUUGCCUCCUUCGUCACUCAGCUGGCUGCAGCUGAAGCUCUGCAGAAGGCACCCGAUGUGACCGCCCUGCCCCGCAAUGUCAUGUUUGUCUUCUUCCAAGGGGAAACUUUUGACUACAUUGGCAGCUCAAGAAUGGUCUACGAUAUGGAGAACGGCAAGUUUCCUGUGCAGUUAGAGAACAUUGACUCAUUCGUGGAGCUGGGACAGGUGGCCUUAAGAAAUUCACUAGAGCUUUGGAUGCACACAGACCCCAUGUCUCAGAAAAAUGAAACUGUACAGAACCAGGUGGAGGAGCUCCUGACCACCCUGGAGAAGAGCGGUGCUGGCAUCCCUACUGUAGUCCUCAGGAGGCUGAGUCGGUCCCAGCCUCUCCCACCAUCUUCUCUGCAGCGAUUUCUUCGAGCUCGAAACAUCUCUGGCGUUGUUCUUGCUGACCACUCUGCUGUCUUCCAUAACCACUAUUACCAGAGCAUUUACGACACUGCUGAGAACAUUAAUGUGACCUACCCUGAAGGGCAGAGCCCUGAAGAGGACCUGAACUUUGUGACAGACGCUGCCAAGGCUCUGGCAGGUGUGGCCACGGUGCUGGGACGUGCACUGUACCAGCUCGCAGGAGGAACCAACUUCAGCGACACCAUUCAGGCCGAUCCCCAGACGGUUACCCGCCUGCUCUAUGGGUUCCUGGUUAGAGCCAACAACUCGUGGUUCCAGUCUAUCCUCAGGCCGGACCUAAGGUCCUACUUGGGUGACGGGCCUCUUCAGCAUUACAUCGCCGUCUCCAGCCCCACCAACACCACUUACGUUGUACAGUAUGCCUUGGCAAAUUUGACUGGCAAGGUGAUCGACCUUACCCGAGAGCAGUGCCAGGAUCCGAGUAAAGUCCCCACUGAAAACAAGGAUCUGUACGAGUACACUUGGGUUCAGGGCCCUUUGAAUUCCAAUGAGACAGACCGGCUUCCCCGGUGUGUGCGUUCCACGGCACGACUCGCCAGGGCCUUGUCCCCUGCCUUCGAAUUGAAGCAGUGGGGCUCUACUGAAUACUCUACAUGGACUGAGAGCCGCUGGAAAGACAUCCGCGCCCGGAUAUUUCUGAUAGCCAGCAAAGAGCUGGAGUUUGUCACCCUGAUGGUGGGCUUCGGCAUCCUCGUCUUCUCUCUUGUCGUCACCUACUGCAUCAAUGCCAAAGCCGAUGUCCUUUUCAUUGCUCCCCGGGAACCAGGAUCUGUGUCUUACUGAAGAGGACCCCAGCUUUUCCUGCCAGCUCUGCAGUUCACUUCCUAGAUCAUCUGUCCCACUGGGACAUAAACCACUAGUUUGUCACUGGAACCUCUCUGGGCCUGGCUCGGACUGACAUUAACAUAAAGUGGAACUGCCCAAAAGAGACAGUGAGAGAUAAACGAGUUACCUGCCGCCCACAUCUUCCCCUUCCCAUCUCCCCUUCCCCGUGUCUUCUUCCUCACCCCUGCCAAAUCCUGGGAUGACAAAUAGAAGCUUCUUGCUCCUGUUUCAACUCCUAGCUACCUACCCUAACUUUCCCUUCUUCAGGAUCCCUCUUCUCUUUCCGUCCCACCUUAUACCUCCCUCUGCUCCCCGCCCCUCGCCCCCUUCCUGACCAGGAAGGACAUGAAGGGGUGAAUGCCAGGAACAAACUGCAAGGAAGCCCUGAGGAGGACAGGAGCCAUCUGUGGGCUGAGCCUCCUGUCUCCCUCCUGCUGUCCUGUCUCAAGGCCCUUAGAUGGCACAUCAGGGUGGGUGUGCUGCUGGGUGGGUAUCCCACCUCCAGCCCACAGUGCUCAGUUGUAAUUUUUAUUAAGCUGUAAUAUCUA